AUGCCAGAUCGUUAUAUAAAUAACCAUUUAACUUUACCAAAUAUUAAAGAUUUCGAUACAAAAAGUUUAGACCAUUUGAUUAAAUAUAAUUGUGAAAAAAUUUUAUAUAAUUAUUCUGCAUCUUUUCGUUCAAGUGAUUAUGGUGUUUAUGUCGGCUAUGCAGGAAUAGCAUAUUUAUUUUUUCAUUUAUACAACUUGACUCCAGAAUUAAAAAUUGCAGGCGACAAUGUAUCUUUACUAUGUACUACUUAUCUUGCAGGUGCACUAUCAGCUUUAGAUUAUUCCACCAGUAAACAUGUAGGUUUUUUAGAUACCCAUGUAGGUCCACUUGCAUUAGCUACAAUGAUUAAAGAAGUUUGGGACAAAGUUUUUGAAGAAGGAAAGUUAUUUGCCACGAAAUCUAAGCAUGAUAGUGAUGACGAAGAUUAUGAUUAUCGCGAUAAUGUUGGUAAUGAUGAAGACAUGCCACCAUUAAUGUGGAGCUGGCAUGGUAAAAGAUAUUUAGGAGCUGUUCACGGUGUUGCUGGCAUAUUAGCCAUCCUAUUGGAAUUUAAAGAUUUGGCAGAACAACAUUUAGAUGAUUUAUUUAAAACUUUAGAAUGGUUGACCAGACAAGUUUCAAAGAAAAAUGGAAAUUAUUUUAUAUCUGUUGAAUCAAAUCGUGAUGAUUUAGUUCAUGUUUGCCACGUUUGGAAAUAUGGUAUUCUAAAGAAAGGAUUAACAGGGCUAUGUCACAAUGCGAUUGGUAACGCAUACUCUUUCCUAUUAUUGUACCUUGCAACCAAGGAUGAACUACAAUUACAAAGAGCAUUAGCUAUUGGUUUACAUGCUGGUAAUUGGGAAGAAGAAACUAGGAAGGGAUCGAUAAAAGUACCUGAUAGACCAUGGAGUCUCUGGGAAGGUUUGGCUGGUGGUGUUUGGUAUUGGGCCGAUUUGAAUUUAAUUAUAAAAAAUUGUCAAAAAAAUAAUAGCAAAGAUAAUAAUAAUAAUGAAAAUUUUAAUGACAAGAUUAUUAAAGAAAAAGUUAAAGGAUUUCCUUGUUUUACAGAUUUAUAA